GCAGCUUCCUCUAACCUUCUUUACACACUCAUAGUUACUCCAUUAUUGUUCCAAACCCUUCUUUUCUCCUUUGGUAAUGGCGAUUCCUUUAUAGCCGACAUUCUUUACUUUUGACCCUAACCUUUUUUUCCCUAUAAAUAAACCCUCAAAAACCAAACCACCCAUCACUCCCAAAAUCACUUUCUUCAACCUCAUCAACAAUGGAGCCUUCUUACAUAUUCCUUACAAUGGCUGUCACAUUGUUAUCAAUGCCUGCGACUGGUUUCGGGCAAGGAACCACUCGGGUCGGGUUCUAUUCAAAAACAUGCCCACGAGCGGAAUCCAUCGUUAAGUCGACUGUUGAAUCCCAUUUCCGUUCAAAUCCAGCUAUUGCGCCGGGGUUGUUGAGGAUGCAUUUUCAUGAUUGCUUCGUUAAUGGCUGUGAUGGCUCCGUCCUUAUCGACGGUCCUAAUACGGAGAGGAAAGCCGUUCAGAAUAGCUUGUUGAGAGGCUUUGAUGUCAUCGACGAGGCUAAAGCUAAGCUUGAAGCUGCUUGUCCCGGCGUCGUUUCGUGUGCUGAUAUUCUAGCUCUCGCUGCUCGUGAUUCCGUCGUCUUGACAAAAGGAAUAAAUUGGAAGGUGCCGACAGGACGUAGAGAUGGGAAGGUUUCGUUGCAAUCAGAAGCCGCAAAAUUGCCUGGCUUUACGGACUCCAUUGAGUCCCAAAAGCAACAGUUCGCUCGCUUUGGUCUCAACACUCAAGACCUUGUCACCCUUGUUGGAGGACACACCAUAGGGACAGCAGCUUGCUUGGUAUUUAACUAUAGAUUAAACAACUUCACCAAUGGUGGUCCGGACCCGACGAUCAACCCAUCAUUUCUCCCUCAACUCCGAUCACUUUGCCCGCAAAACGGAAACAACUUCCGACGUGUUGAUUUGGAUACCGGUAGUGCUAACAAGUUCGACACGUCUUUCUUCACCAACUUGAAAAACGGUCGGGGAGUGCUCGAGUCGGACCAAAAGUUAUGGACCGAUGCGUCGACGAGGACUUUUGUACAACAGUUCUUGGGCGAGAAAGGCGUCCGAAAAUUGAACUUCGGAAAGGAAUUCGCGAAGUCCAUGGUGAAGAUGAGUAAUAUAGGUGUGAAGACGGGUAGUAACAGUGAAAUCCGAAGAGUUUGCUCGGCCAUUAACUAAUUUAUUUCACCAUUCCGAGUUUUCGGAUCUCUCUCAGUUUCAAGUCCUGUGAAUAGAGGAAAUAUGAAUCGGUUUCCAGCUCUAUAAUGUGAUUAUCGGAUAUUAAAAAUCUUAGAAGAAAAAAUGUCAUCAUUUUAGAAGUUUAUAUUUGAAUUUUAAGAAUUUGCUUUGUUAAAAAUAAUGAAGUGCGAAUUAUUUUGGAUA